UCACAGAGACUAAAUGGCUGCCGCUGCACUGGAGGACAGCCAGAAGAUUGUUCAUACCUCUUAGACUUGAUGACUUCCACUGCAGCUUGGAGUUUCAUCUCAAACCUAUGCCUUUAUUUAAUUAGUUUUAGUCAAAUAUGCCUACUGAGAAGAUUCUCCAGAUGAUUUUCUGUCUGUGAAUUACUGCACAACUGCAGAGGGUUUUUGUAUUGAAGUUUUUCAUUGUGUCUGGACUACCACAGUGAUACAUUCAUUAUUAGGCGCUGUACAAAAUCUCACAGCACUGUUUUAUUAGUUUAAAAAUGCUAUCAAGAGAUUUAAAUUAAUGUCUGAUGGAAAGGCUGAGCCAUUACAUGGUCAAUUUUCCCAGUUCUGUUGUUUCUGAUUUGAAGGCUUUUGUUUCAGACACUUGUUUGUAUCUGUAAGGAGCAGAUGUGACUUCAGCAUGAUGAUAGACCAGCAACUGGAAAUGUCUGCGAAAAUACACCAAACUGGAUAUUUUCAACUGGAUAUUUGACAUCAAUCUCAAUAUGAGACUAUAAUGCAUUUCUCCAGAUCUAAGGACAUUUUUCAUGGGCAAAGGAUAUUGUCUGAGGGUUGAAUGAAGUGUGCCGACCCACUAACUUUCGGAGCUCCCAUCCGUCUCACGGUCAAUCCAAAAGAGACAGUGAAUUCUCCUCCGGCAUUUUUGUCUGUCUUGUCCCCUAUAAAGGGCCAUGGAUCUGAUAUUUGUGUGGCCGCCGGAUUCUUUCCUCAACAAAAGACAAUGAUUUUGACUUCAGAAGAUGGAAAUACUGUUAAUCAAGAAACCAGUAAUGCAGUCCUGUCCUUGUCAAGCAAAAACUACUAUUAUGUUGGAUCUUCAGAAAAAAAAAUCCAAGAAUGCGUAAUGGAUGGAAAAACAGCAAAGGCAGACAAAAUAGAUAAACCUUCUGGCAAUCCUGUUGAAGACAAUCCAAAAAAAACGGCUACACUUGAAUGUCACACAAAUACUACCACCCCACCAUCCACAAAUAAUGAUGAUCCAAAAACAAACUCAAUGACGCUUCUUGUGAUAGGUCUGAGAAUUCUGCUGGCUAAAUGUGUUGCAGUCAAUGUAAUGUUGUCUAUAAAGGCAUUUUUGUUUUAAACUUUUAGUUCAUUUAAUCAAAUUUCUUAAUUGAAUCUUAAAGAAAUUUGGUUAAAGUGUCAGUGUUUAUUGAACUUACAUGCAAUGAAAAAUACAAAUUGUUAGUUUAGAAUGUAGACACAAUGUAUACUGGAAAAUCUUCAGUCAAAAUGUUGACUGUGAGAUAUGUAUAUUGCUUUGCUAUAUUAUAUAAUUUCAGCUUUUGUUACAGGCAGUGCAUGCUAGUAUAUUGUUUUAAUAUUAUAUAUAUAUUUUCUUUUUUUCAUAGAAGUAUCAAAAUGUUUAUCAUAAUCUGGUUGUUAUUGAUUACUAUUUUACUUUUGAUAUUGAGGCUCUGAUCUUUGUAAUCAAUAAAUGCAUGUUUCUUAUUAAAAUACCUUCAUUCAAAA